ACUACCGAGAGAAGAAGAACAACAAAAGCAGCCGCAGUUUUUUAAGGUAGUUGAACACCAGCUUCUGCCUCUGGCUUCAUAUUUGCACUAAUUUAGAGAAAAAAAUGUAACUGGGACCGAAGACGGUAUUGCUGUGUGGAGGCUUGUGUGGAGGAGCAGCUUGUCAGAGGCGAAGCUGUUAUUGUUUCCGUCUUGUUUUUUUGGAUGUGAAUUCGGCAGCUAAGCUAGCUUUGAGGUUAGCUCAUCCUCAACUGGCUCGUCAACUGUCUUGCAGACUGACCUGAGAUUAUCAGCCGCUGUUUACACCUCAAAUUAACCAUACCUCCGCUGGCCCUCUGAUAUUUCAUCAGAAAUGGGAAGUCUGGGCAGCAGGUUUCAGUCCCCCUCUCAGGGACCAGAGGAGGCUGCAGAAGGCACAAGUGGCAGCCGCAAACAUGGAUGUGAGUGUAAGAAGAGGAAACGAAAUGCCCAGUGUGACUGUGACAGUGAACAAGAGGAGGACGAUGCCAUACUAGAUACACCUCGCAGGAAGAAACUGAAAAGCACAUCACGAUACAUUUAUCAAACCUUGUUCCUAAAUGGGGAAAACAGCGACAUUCGAAUCUGUGCCCUGGGACAGGAGUGGAAUCUCCACAAAGUGUACCUGUGCCAGUCAGGGUAUUUCUCCAGCAUGUUCAGCGGCUCUUGGAAGGAGUCCAACAUGAUGGAAAUCAAUUUGGAGAUCCCAGACCAGAAUAUCGACACAGAAGCUCUACAGGUCGUAUUUGGAUCCUUGUACCGGGACGAUGUUCUGAUCAAGCCCAGCAGGGUCGUCAGUAUACUUGCCGCUGCUUGUAUGCUACAGCUGGAUGGCUUGAUCCAGCAGUGCGGAGAGACAAUGAAGGAAAACAUCAGUGUGAAGACUGUGUGUGGUUACUAUGCUUGUGCAAGUAUCUAUGGCCUGGAUUCCGUCAUGAAAAAGUGUCUUGAGUGGCUUCUCAACAACCUGAUGACACACCAAAAUGUCGACUUGAUGAAAGAACUCGGGGCAGAAGUGAUGGAGCAGCUCAUCCAGUCGUCAGACCUGUUUGUCAUGCAAGUGGAGAUGGAUGUGUACACCGCUCUGAAGAAGUGGAUGUUUCUGCAGCUCAAUCCAUCAUGGGACGGACCCAUCAAGCAGCUCCUGGCUGAUGCCGAUGCCUGGCUUUGCAAACGCAGGACAGAUCUGUGUGAGAAAGAGCCCUUCUUGAACACAGAGGAGGGGGAACCUUUUUGUUCAGUGUUCAAGUACGUCCGUCUUCAGUAUAUCAUCAACGACCUCGCUUCUGCACGCAUCCUGGAGAGAGACAACAUUUUACCCCCUGAUUGGUUAACGUCGGUGUACAAAAACCAGUGGUUUGCUAUGCUGCGGACAGAAUUUGACAAUGACAAUGGUCCCCAGGAAGCUAACAAAGAGGAGUUUGAGUUGAGCAGCAUGAGGUGUGGUAGGAAACUGACUAAAGAUGGAGAUUACUGCUGGCGGUGGACAGGCUUUAACUUCGGUUUUGACCUGCUGGUGACCUACACAAACCGUUUCAUACUCUUCAAAAGGAAUACUCUCAGUCAGCCAUGUGGGGGCGCUGUGAGUCUGCAACCUCGGAGACACUUGGCAUACAGGUUACGUCUUGCCUCCUUCGAUGCCCGUGGAAAGCUGGUCUGCAGUCGCUCAACAGGUUACCAGCUUCUCACCCUUGAGAAAGACCAGGAGUAUGUGGUGAUGAACCUGGACAGCCGGUUGUUGACAUUCCCCCUCUACGUGUGCUGCAACUUCCUUUACACGUCGUCCCAGUCGGACCACCGGCCGGACACCUCAGAACCAGAGAGCAGCACCCGCAGUGUGUCUUGAUGCCUGCUCGACAGCCAGUAACUGCUACCAUUCCUCUGGUAAUGCUGCGACACUGACACAAGCUUGUCUGUACAAUCCACUGCCACAUUUAACACCACUUUGACAUUGGACAUAUCGUCUGCAUGCUCUGUAACUCAGUGAGGUGUUAAGGGAAAAUCUUUUGUAUCUAUGUAUUCAGUGUUUUGGCACAUUCUGAGUUGGCUACAUAUACAUGGGCCAGGAGGGAUUAGGCCACCCUUUGCCUUCAGAGCAGCUUCAGUCCUCCUUGGAUCUCUGCUAUGAAUGGUUUGCACUGGGAUGAUGGACCCUUCCUCAAGAUGGAAAACCUUCAAUUCUUUGGAGACAGUGGAAAUCUGCUUUGGACUUCAGAACUUCAAAUAAUGGCUACAUGACAUUACGAUCCGGUGAUUGUGACGGCCGUGGAAGGGUUUGAGUUUACACUUAUGUUAAUGAAACCACUCUGGAAUCGGUUUAUCAGUGUGUACAGUAAACCUGGACCUUUUUAAAAUAGUCUUAUCAUAUCAAGAAGCCGUCAUCAGACCCCGUCACCCCCAUGACAUCGACUGGAGCACAGAUCCACUCUUCGAAACAGAAAUUGUGGUUGAUUUCAUCCAUGGAUUUCACCAAAUGUGAACCCACAUAUGAAGAUAACAGACACUUCAACACACAUCUUAAUCUGAAUUUCAGUGGACCAUCUCAGAAAAUAGAAAUGAUCUCUGCAUCAGAAUAAUGGUCUGUGGCAAAAAAGUUGAUACUACUCUGACGUAAGUCUGUUCCUCUUAUGUUUCGUGUUGGGUGUGAUCAGAGGUGGGGCUGGCUGUUCUGCUACCAGGUGCGCUCCAAAACAUGAUCGGCGCAGUGCCAGUUUGAGCCGGGUGGGCGGGUUUUCCACUCCAUUUCUGAUUGGCAAAAAAAAAAACCCAGCACAUCUUGUUUGUGCUGACUCAAAUGGCUUCAUGCGGCAAGUUGUGUUGACUGAAUGAUGUUUAGCUUUGUUCAAGGUUUGAAUUUGAUUUGUGUGAAAUGUAUGAUUACUAGACAUUAUUUUUUAUGCUGUUAGAAAACGUGGUAUUUUUGUUUACUUGCCGCAUGACUGUAAGGUAACAUACAGUCUUUGCCAAAACUUAACAGGUGUAAAAAGAUUAAAGUUUAUUUCAGCAUCUGCACCCACUGCUGCUGUGAGAUUAUCAGCUGAUAGAUUUAAAAUCCUACCUGCUAAUAUUCCCACCCUUGCCUUAACGAAAUAAGUGGCAGGCCAGCACGGUCGAAUAGAUGGCAGCCGAUGAAUACACCCAACAGGAAUGUUUGAGUUAUGAAAAACCAACUGAAUGAUGGCAGUAAAAGCAGAAUUUUCAACCUUCAUUUCAUCACUCUUUAACCCUUUUGUAGCUCAGUCUUAAGUGGGACAUUUCACCAUGCUAACACAUAUUCUACACUACAACAGCUUCUGUCCACCUGCCCAAGAAAUAAAAAAUAAGUAAAAACAGCAUCAUCACUCCCAAAGUAUCCCAAAAUGACAUUUUCUGCAAAACAUUUAUAAAAUCUGAUGUAAACAAAAACUUUUCAUUCAAAUGAAUAAAACAAGUAACUGCACAGAUGGUGGGUCUGAACAGAUGAGCUGAGCCCCAAGUACUGGUAACCAUGUUGAUGUGACAUGUUCCCAGUGAACCAGCAUUGUGUGGCCUGAAAGUCAAACUUAACCCUGUAAUGUUGUUUCAUUCAACAUGAGGCUCCAGGAGUCUUUUGUACAUCAGCCUCAUUUUACAGUUUACAGUCGGAGGUCCGGUUAUUAUCACCAGCUUUUUUUUUUGAGACUCACAAAAAUGUUGAUCAGAUUUUGAGACUUCCUGCAGCGUUAACCAGCUACACUGUCAAAUGUUGUUUAUCGGUGUUGAGCUCCUGUUUUGCAGUUCAGUCGGUUCCUGUUUAGACGGUAUAUUUAAUUUGCUCUCAUCACCAAAUGAAUCACCUCUGCAGUUUUGAUGUUGUACACAUUUCUACUAUUAAUUUAAUUACUAUUUGUUUGGAAGUCUGUUGUUACCUCAUAUUGUUACGAAACUAGUGAAUGUGGGGAUUGUCAGACUUGUAAAGCUGACAUGUACUGCUAAAUCAUUAUAGCUAAUAUGACUCGCCUGCAACUGUUGUUACGUUCAUAGUUAAAGGUGUUUUUAUUUGGCAUUUAUUUAUUUUUUACUUCAUUUGUAUGGAUUUAUUUUUGCAAAAGAAAAUGUGUAUUCAAUUCUCAACUGCCAAUAAAACUGCCCAUCCAUGUGGGCUGUGGUGCUAUCA